UAAUAAUGAAGUUCGUGCUGCGCGACAUAUAAAUUUCCGAUACUGUCUUAGUAGUGAAAACACAAACAAAAAAAACCACAACAACAACAAAAACAAAAAAAAACAACAAAUUAAAUUAUACACCAAAAAAUUUCCGAUACGUUUUUUUCCACUUUUUUUUUUUAAAAUUUAUUAAUGUGUGUUUUUUUUAUUAUAAGCAUUUGCAGGCUCAAUGCGUUUAAGUGUGUGUAUAUGUGCGUACAUGAGUGUGAGAGAGUGCGAGGCUGAUGCGAAAUUGAGUGCGCGCGUGUCGAAGUAAAACAAAAAACAAAAAAAAAAAAACAAUUUUGCAUAAAUAAAUUGUUGUUACUGUUGCUGCUGCCGCCGCUGCUGCUGUGGCCAGACAACGAUACAGACGACAGAGAGCGAUAGCAGAAGAAGAAGAAAACAUACUCACACACAAUAAUACGAAAAGUGCAAAAGUAAAUCAACAGUGGCCAUUUGAGAGAGGCAUUCUUAAGGCCGAUUAAUUUAUUUAGUACCACCCCGAAGUCGAUUAUAAAAAUCGCCAUCACGACGUCGCCGCCGCAAGCUUUCCUGCUGUCAGCCGAGCACUUGGACAACGCCAGCGCCGACGAUCGCGGGCGUGUCUAUAAGCUGAGGAAAAAGAAAUUUCAAUACGCCGCUGCACACAUAACAUAGAGUGAUCACAGUUCGUUCAGUUUAGACAGUAGCUUGUUGUCGUCUUGGAGGAGGAUUUUGUCGAGUGGCAAAAAAUAGAAGCAUCUUUAUCUUCAUCGUCAUCGUCAUCGUCGUCAUCAUCAGUAAUCAAUAAUCAUUUAAACUCGGUACGCAAUGCCAGUACAAUCGCCGAUUGAGAUAAGUAAUCGAGCCAUCGAGCAUAUUGAUGAUGUUGAUCCACUGGAAUAUCAUGGACAUUGGGAGCCUGUGGGUGUGGCACGUGUACAAAAUACAGGAACAUCGGCAAUGGUGACAUUCAGUAAACGAAAACAACAACCAUUUAUAAUUGGCGGCGCACUGGAAACGCAUAAAUAUGUAUUCGAGCAACUGCAUUUCCACUGGGCCGAUUCGGAUGAAUCUGGCUGUGAGCAUACACUCGAGGGCAUGAAGUAUUCCAUGGAAGCUCAUGCUGUCCAUUAUAAUGCCAAGUAUAAGGACUUCGCAGAGGCCAAAAACAAACCCGAUGGCCUGGCAGUUGUUGCCUUUUUCAUCCAGGCUUGCGGAGAAAAAGAUUGUCCGGAAUUUAAAAAAAUCACCGAAGGCAUUCGGAUAGUCCAAAAGAUACAUACAAAUGCAUCACUCGAUUCCGACUGUCUAUCAUGGAUUGGACUGCAGGAGUUGAGUAAACAUUAUUACACAUAUAAGGGAUCGCUGACAACGGCGCCGUAUUUUGAAUCCGUCACUUGGAUUAUCUAUCGUACGCCAAUAUAUGUAUCGCGUGGACAAGUCAGCGUCUUUCGCAAUUUGCAAUCAUGUCCCAAAGAUGAGUCCAAAAAGAUAGUGAAUAAUUAUCGUGAGAUACAACGUCCACAUAAGGAUCCGGAAACCUUUUUCGUUCGUAAUACAACACCCAAAUCCAAAUUAUGAUGUGCUUAAGCUUGAAGUAAAAGAAGACAUACACAAAAAACAUAAACAAAGAAAAAAAAAAACAAAAAACAAAAUGACACAAAAAAAACCUCCUCCAAUGGGUCUCUGUUCUGACUUUUCAUCUAAGUGUUUUCCUAUUCUAUAUAAUUAUUCACUAUAUACUUAUAUACGUAUAUCCUAACUAUGGUUGUCGAUAAGUUUCUUUUGUUAUUUGCCUCAUGUACAUAGCGUUAUAUACAUAUAUAUAUAUAUACUACAUACGUAUAUGUGCCUAUACAUAUAUACGUAUAUAUAUCUAUAAACAUUAAUCCUAAUAGUCGGAACACGCAGUUGCCUUGCAUUAAAUAUUUCGGAGAAAUAUAAAGCAUGAUUUAAUUAAGUAUUUUGUAUGCAAAAAGGAAAAAACAUAGAAAAACAAAAUGAAUUUACUAAAAAGAUCUUAAUUGGAAGCAAAAUUCUAUAUAAAUAUAUAUAUAUUUAAAUGUAUAUACAUGUCAUACACACACACACACACAUAUAAUGUUGCGUUUAAAGCUGAAUUGGUUUUUGUUCUCUCUAUAUAUUGGGGGGAGUUAUUAUAAGGAUAUUAUACAUCAUAACUAGUUAUAGAAUUAGUCUAAUAGCAGGGGAACUAAAUUUUUUAUAAACCAUUCCUUUGAUAUGGCCAAAUGAUCGCCCUCAGUGCUAAGAUAUUGAAGUUUACCCUGUUCAUGCAUUAAGUCCAGACCCAACUGCAAAGAAAAGCAGAAAAUUAAUAAUAAAUUAUAAAUCCAUAUUCUGACUUA